CUCCAACUUACUGUGUUAACGGCAUGGACAACGAGCGAUGGGGUAACGACAAUUUAACCUUAUAGCUAAGGUACGAAGCACUCAUAAAGGCAUACUCGAAGUAAACUUUAAUCGUUGCGUUGUUCAAUGGGCAACCCAAUACUCGAGCGUCUCAUCAGCAUACCCAGCCUGUGGUUUCAAGACCAACCUGAAAGAGAUGAACUGUUCUCUUCACCAAACCCUGGUUCUUGUUUGUGAUGAGCCAUCAGCUGUACCACAGCUAUUUACCAUCAUUAUGGGUAGACGGCACUUUCGUAAGUCUUACCCGGGUAUUGCUCUUCUUCUGCCUUCUUGUUGCACGUAGAGUAUGGGCGAGUAACGUUGCUAGUAAGAGACGGAAUGUUAUCGGCACACGGCAUUUGAGAGACCCAUGUCGAGCUGAGCUCUUUGGUCCAAGUCACUCACCGUUAAUCAUUUCAAGAGACACUUAACAUUAGCCCGCGGAUAGAAUUGCAUCCGGGAGAGUGAAACACCACUUACACUUGUAAGAGCGCGUCUAGACUCUUCUGGAGCGCCUCUAUCGCACCACAAGCGCGGCAAAUGGCAACACCACGUUGGUUCGUUAGACUCGAGCGCUUAUUGUUGUUCCUUUGCCCGAUAAUUAUCAAAGCACGGUCCGGUUGUUUCUUAGCAAAGAUUUACUUCUGAUGUUGAUCAUAGCCAGAUGAUAACCAUCGAGCCAAUAUCGUGGCAGUCUGAUACCGCCAUGCUGUUUCUCCAGCCACUGAUGUGUGUAUCAGCUCACGAGAAGUUGUCAUUGCUAGCACAUCCAAGCACUCGUCUGCUCAGUCUCGGUCCCGAAGACGCUUGCAGCCCUGCCCUGCCCUGCCCUGCCC